UUUGUCAUGUCGUUGUGGUGGUCGUAUGAUAUUGAGUCAGAGUCUUGAACCGCAAAUCUUGUUAAAUUCUCAACUUGUUCUCAUUACUAGUCUGAAUUUGAGGUGUAAACAAGGUAAAUACAGACAUGUCGUUCGGCAGUGGUUAUAAAGGGACAAAACUUAAAACCAAUCUAAGAUUGGCCAUCAAUAGACUUAAACUGAUGGAGAAGAAAAAAACUGAACUCGCUCAGAAAGCAAGGAAAGAUAUUGCAGAUUAUAUAUCACAGGGAAAAGAUGAGAGAGCCAGAAUCAGGGUGGAACAUAUAAUAAGAGAAGACUAUCUUGUGGAAGCUAUGGAAUUGUUAGAAAUGUACUGUGAUCUGUUAUUAGCAAGGUUUGGGUUAAUUGAAAGCAUGAAAACUUUAGAUGACGGAUUAGCGGAAUCGAUAUCCACUGUAAUCUGGGCUGCUCCCAGAAUGCAGACAGAGGUACCAGAAAUCCGAGUGGUUGCUGAACAACUUUGUUGUAAGUAUGGCAAGGAAUAUGGUAAGAUGGCACGAUCCAAUGAAACUGGCACUGUUAAUGAAAGGUUCAUGCACAAGUUAAGUCCCCAACCACCUCCAAAGAUAUUGGUUGAAAGGUACUUACAAGAAAUAGCAAAGAGUCACAAUGUACCAUAUGAACCAGAUCCUUCUGUUUUAAUGGAAUCAUCUGAGUUCAACGACAUGACAGCGGAUGAUUUGCUACUUUUAGAUGUUAGCAGUCCUAGUAAUCCUCCACCAGGUGGUAGUGCCUCAGGGGGUGGUGGCUACGGUGGAAACCCUGGAGGUGGCUACGGUGGAAACCCAGGUGGUGGCUACUGGAAACCCAGGAGGCGGUUAUGGAGGCAAUUCCGGAGGUGGUUUUGGUGGUAACCCAGGCGGCGGCUAUGGUGGCAACCCAUGUGGCGGCUAUGGUGGUAAUCCAGGAGGUGGAUUUGGCGGAUAUGGUGGCGGUGGUGGUGGUAUGUCACAGCCUGUGUUGCCAGCAAAUGCUGUACCUAGUGUUGGACCAACCAAUUCUAAGAUGCCAUUUGCAUAUCCUUCUUCACAACCACAAAAUGCCCUCUGUGCCUCCUCCGCCUGCAAAUUAUGUACCUCCUCCUCAACAAACAUCAAAAAAAGGAGGUCCUCCUCCACUGCCUAGUAGACCUCCGGCAGGGUCGACAAAUGUUCCCCCUGCGUACAAUGGUCAGUCGAGUUCGGCACCGUCUUAUGAAACAGCUAUGAAAGAUUCUGUAUACCCUCUCCCGACGACAACAUCGUACCAACCAACUACCAGUUCAUCCAUCAGCGCCAGUCCCUAGUACACCACAACCACCACCACCACCAGAUGCUGGUCCUUUGCCACCAAAAGAUUCUGGUAUACCAGAUCUUCCUUCAGUUCCAGCAAACAGUUUACCAUCUCUUGAUAACACCAUUGGUUCAAGUUCAGCUGGAGGGGAAGACGUAGACUUUGACGACCUGACGAGAAGAUUUGAAGAACUCAAGAAAAAGAAGUAAUAUUUACAUGACAAGUGGAAUAUUUUUUUUAUAGUUUCAAAAGAACUUGAAUUUUGUGAUGACUUGCACGAUUAUCCAAGAAUUCUUGAUGUGUAAACAAUUGCAGUAUUCAGUGACACGAAUAACUAUAUGAGGUACAACAAUAUUAGACAAAGAUAGCACAUGUAUUAGUUAUUCUUUAGUUGUCAUUGUCUUGUUACUAGACACAAAUAUGCAUUACAAAAACAUAAUGCAAACAUACAUGGAGCAUAGGAUAUAAAAUCACAUGCACUGUCAUCUUCACUAUUAAUCUUUAUUACUUGGGUUCAUCAAAACAUUUUAAAGUUGGUGAAUAAUUGAAACUGACCAAAAUCCAUAUUGAGCAAUAUCAAAUUCUGUUGAUUUGGUGCAACUUUGUGGCUGGAAAAACAAUCUUUUCUUGUCAUGGUAUGCAUUCCCCCUAAGUGAGAGUGUC